AUGCAGCGUCGUUGGCUGUUGGUGCUGGGUCUGUGCUUGUUGAUUGGACGAACGCAGGCGCAGCUUAUAGGUGGCGACGAGGAUGAGGAGGACGAAGAGGAGGAGGAGGAGGAGGAAGAGAGCGUAGAGGAUGAAACGCCCGAAGAGAAAUUUCAGCGCAAAAACAUCAAACAGGACUCCAAUCUAACAGUGGAUAAAUUAAUUGCCAAAUAUGGCUACCAGGCGGAAGUGCAUCAUGUAACAACCGAGGAUGGCUACAUACUCACAAUGCAUCGCAUACGCCAGCAGGGCGCCGAGCCCUUUUUGCUGCAACACGGUCUUGUGGACAGCUCGGCGGGCUUUGUUGUCAUGGGUCCCAAUGUGAGUCUGGGCUAUUUGCUGGCUGAGCACAACUACGAUGUGUGGCUGGGCAAUGCGCGUGGCAAUCGUUACUCAAGAAAUCACACCAGCCUGGAUCCGGACUCGAGCAAGUUCUGGGACUUUAGCUGGCAUGAGAUUGGCAUGUACGAUCUGCCGGCCAUGAUCGAUUAUGUGCUCAAAGCGACGGGCUACAAGCAGCUGCAAUAUGCUGGUCACUCCCAAGGCUGCACCGCGUUCUUUGUCAUGUGCUCCAUGCGUCCCGCCUACAAUGAGAAAGUCAGCUCCAUGCACGCCAUGGCGCCAGCUGUCUAUGCCAAAGAGACUGAAGAUCAUCCCUACAUACGCGCCAUUAGUUUGUAUUUCAAUAGCCUUGUGGGCAGCUCCAUCACCGAAAUGUUUAAUGGCGAGUUUCGCUUUCUGUGCCGCAUGACAGAGGAGACUGAACGUCUUUGCAUUGAAGCUGUCUUUGGCAUUGUGGGACGCAAUUGGAACGAGUUCAAUCGGAAAAUGUUUCCCGUUGUGCUUGGACAUUAUCCGGCUGGUGUGGCUGCCAAGCAGGUCAAGCACUUUAUACAAAUCAUCAAGAGCGGCCGAUUCGCGCCCUAUAGCUAUAGCUCGAAUAAGAAUAUGCAAUUGUAUAGGGAGCACUUGCCGCCGCGCUAUAAUCUCAGUCUGGUCACUGUGCCCACGUUUGUCUAUUACUCCAGCAACGAUUUGCUGUGUCAUCCGCACGAUGUGGAGAGCAUGUGCGAGGAAUUGGCCAUAUAA